AUUUUCCGUUUGCCUGCUGCUCUCUUUUUGUCUCUCGCUCAUGUUUGUCGGAAGCAUCGAGCUGUCGGAAGCAUCGAGUACGAAGUCGUCUACACUAAUCUGGCGGUUACUAUUGCGGGUUAAUUAGGAGACACUCGUUCGCUAUUUGACGUUUUGUCAGGUCUCGCCAAGUCGCGGUAGAAUAUUCCUCAGUUACAGGAAAUCCCUUUGUCACAGCCGCUCGCUACUGGUUUUUUUUUUUUUUAGUUCCAGGUUCGACGUCGCGGCGUGGCGUCUCGUUCAUGAGUAGUCCCCAUGGAGCAAGACGCGAAUCUUAGCGCAUAUCACGGAGGGUCGGACAUGGAAUUCGACGUGUCGGCGAGAAACCUCGACGCAGAUCCAUGGGGUAUCGGCGAGUUCCAGGUUUCAUCUAUUGAGGGGGCGUACGAUGCACUGUUACGAGACUUCGCGACACCUGACAGUUGUAACGCCGCGGCGGCGCCUGCUAUCGGCGGCACGGCACCUGCUGCGUCGGCAGCUGCUUAUCCAGGCUCGUUUAAUAAUGACGGGCCUCCAGCGGUUGACGACGCGUGGAGGAACGAGCAGGCGUGCUUCGAAGAUCCUCACAUGCGUCCUGCAUGGAAGAAUGAGCAGAAAAAUACAGAUUUCGUGACGUCGGGAGGAAUACAGAGGCCGGGACUUCUGCAGCAGCAGCAGCAGCAGCAGCAGCAGCAGCAGCAGCAGCAGCAGCAGCAGCAGCAGCAGCAGCAGCAGCAGCAGCAGCAGCAGCAGCAGCAGGGUCAAGAGAAGGGACACGAGCAGCAGGGAGUGCAGUGGGGAGGGUACACUUCAGAUGCUAAUGAUGGUGGUCCUGUGAAGCCCACUUCUAACCUGCAACACUCAUACCUCAAUGGCUUUCGCUUGGACGCUCAAAAUGCAAGUUUUCACGAGCAGCAGCAUCCUCGUGAUCAGCAAUACCAGGGCCAAUGUUUGAGCCAGCCCCAGCACCAGAAGCAGGAGACGCAGCAGCAGCAGCAGCAGCAGCAGCAGCAGCAUGAGUGGCAAGAUGAACCGCAGCAGCAGCAGGGACGGCAGCAGCAGCAGAUGCAGGAACAGAUAAAGCAUCAGGGGAGGCAGGAGCCGCAGUGGGUGGAAGAUCAUUUGGUGCGGGACGACAUGAUGAUGCAAGCCGCAGUGGGUAGUAAGCGACAGAGGGAGGGGGGACAGGGGGACGACAGAGGGCUAGGGCUACUCGCCUUGCAAGGAGCGCUUGUGAGCAGAAGCAGCAGCGAUGGUGGGAUGAGGAGAGUCGGACACCAGCACCAGCAGCAGCAGCAGCAGCAGCAGCAGCAGCAGCAGCAGCAGCAGCACCAACAGCAGCAGCAGCACCAACGGCACUCCCUCUCGGCGCACCGCCGGCAGCAGUCCUUCCCCCUGCCGUCCCGUGCCAGCGUGGAAACCGAGAGCGCCACGUCAUCAUGGACGUCAUCGGGUGCGGUCAGCGAAGGGCGGAGGGUGGGGCAGCGCAGGGGCCGCCCAGGAAUGCUGCUUGAGGACAGCUCGAUCGCCGCGAGCCAGCCAGGAGCCAUGGGCGGUCGCAACGUGGGCGGUGGCAGCAUGGGUGGUGGCAGUGUGGUGGCAUGUGACAGCGACGCUGGGAGAUCAAGUCCCAUGGGGUCUGGUCAUGAUGAGGGGGGGGCGCAUGGGGACGCCAGGCGCAUGGUCCCGCCGCAGACACAUGGGUUGAGCCAUCAUGUGGGCUCUCAGCCGGGUGCGAUGGGGUAUGAUGUGGAGUUGGAAAGAGCAGGCAUGGCGCAUGUGGAAGGGCAGAGCCAGCAGGAGCAGCAGCAGCAGCAGCAGCAGCAGCAGCAGCAGCAGCAGCAGCAGCAGCAGCAGCAGCAGCAGCAGCAGCAGCAACAGCAGCACCAGCGGCAUCAUCAUCAUCAUCAUCAGCAGCACCAUGGGGCCAUGCAUCUUGGCAUGCCUCCCCAUGGCGCACCGCAUGCAGGCAUCACCGCCAGCGCACCAAGUACUGGUAUUCACCCGCUGCAGCAGCAGCAGCACCGUAGCUCACACAUGUCCCCGUCCCCUUCCAUCUCUCACUCCCACUCUCACUCCUCCCCUGCCGCCCUGCCUCUCCUUUCCACCCACUCCCCCUCCCCAUUCCCCCUGAUGCCCCAACCUUCCGCCACCGCCGCCUCCUCUCUCCCCCCCUUCCCCACUCACCUCCACCCUGCACACGCGGCCCUCUUUUCUACCACACCUGCCACGGUCACAGCUGCUGGAAACCAUCUCCCUGCCCCUCUUGCUGCCCCAUCCCUCUCCCCUUCCGCCACUGCUACAGCUCCCGCUACCCCCCAAUGCCCCCCUCCUUCCCCCCCGCCCACGAAACCCCCUCCGCCGCCCCCCCCAUCUCCCCCUCCGCUCUCCUGGGCGCGCUCUCCUCCCUCCAUAGCGCAGUCCGCGCCGUCGCGUGCGCUGCAGGAACAGCAGGAGGUGGCGGCGGUGGGAGUGGCGACGGUGAUUCAGCAGGUUGCGGCCGCGGCUGUGGGGCUGCUGCCACCGCACCUGCAGCAGCAGCUGGUUGUGCCGGAUAUUGCAGGGGUUGUGAAUGGGGGGAGUGGGGGGGUUGGGGCACCCCAGAACCCGCACCAGCAGCAACACCUGCAGCUGCAGCAACAACAACACCUGCUGCCGCCACACCAGCAGCAGCUGGUGGUGGAGGCGGAUAUCGCAGGGGUUGUGAAUGGAGGAAGGGGGCUUCUUGAGGCGGCCCAAAGCUCGCAGCAGCAGCAGCAGCAGCAGCAGCACCUGCUGCCACCGCACCUGCAGCAGCAGCAACGCCAGCAACAGCAGCAGCAGCAGCAGCAGCAGCAGCAGCAGCAGCAACAGCAGCAGCAACAGGAGCAACAACUGGAGGGCAACCUAAAAGAAACCGAUCAGGAGGAGCAGCAGCAGCAGGAGCAGCAGAAGCAGCAGCAGCAACAGCAUCUGCAGCCACAGAUUGAGUUGCUUCGAAGGCUCCUGGAAUCUCGCAGCCAGCAGCAGCAGGCAGGCCAGCUGCCAGCAGCAGAGGGCGGGAUGGAGACUACAGGCCCUCACGUGGGCAGCGGCAACUUGCCCGAGAGCCGAGGGGGUCAGGGUGGUGGUGAUGGCGAUGGUGAUGGUUGUUGUGGUGCUGAUGUUGGUGGUGGUGAUGGUGGUGGUAGCUUGAUGCGUGCUCCUGUGAAGGAGGAAGUGCAGGCUGCAGACGACGUCAGCACGGGUGGAGACACCAAAGUCGCGCCCAUGCCAUUGCAUGGUGGUGGCUUUGCCAUGGCAUCUCGUGGUAACGCCAUGGCGGCAUGUGACGACGCCAUGCCCCCCAGUGUGAGUAUGGCUACUGCCAGCAUCAGCCAGGGAGGCAGCAGUGGCAUGGGCGGCAGCAUUCUGGGCGGCAGUGGAAUGGACGGCAGUGUUUUGUGCGGCAGCAGUGGCAUGGGACUGAGCAGAAGCAGGGUUGGGAGAGGGGCGGGCUUCCCAGUUGACGUUAAGAGUGAGAGCCAAAUGCGAAACGGGAGCGAGGAUGAGGACGAGGAAGAAGAGGAGGGGGAGGGAGAGGAGGAGGAAGAGGAGGAUGAGGAGGGGGGGAGCAGCAAGGGAGGAGCGGCGGAGCGAAGAAGAGGCAGUGAGGGGGUGACACGUGGCGGGUUUGAAUUGGUGGAGCUGCAGGUGGAGGAGCUCAUGGCGGAGCACACCCUCUUCUGCGAGGUGUGCGGCAAGGGCUUCAAGCGCGACGCCAACCUGCGCAUGCACAUGCGCGGCCAUGGCGAUGCCUACAAGGCCGCCACCUCCCUCUCCCGCCCCGCACUCUCCGCCGCCGGCUCCGCCGCCCGCUCCGCCGCCCGGCCCCAGCGCUACAGCUGCCCGGAAUUCGGGUGCAAGCGCAACCAGCUACAUCCGGACUUCCAGCCCUUGAAAACCGUCCUGUGUGUGAAGAACCACUACCGGCGCACGCACUGCGCCAAGCAGUACACGUGCAGCCGCUGCGGCGUGAAGCAGUUUGCCGUGCUGGCCGAUCUGCGCACACACGAGAAGCACUGCGGCCGCUCGUCCUGGAAGUGCUCCUGUGGGUCGUCCUUUAGCCGCAAGGACAAGCUCCUGGGGCAUCUCUCCCACUUCACAGGCCACCACGCCGUUGCUGCCGGCCCCUCUGACCUCCCCCUGCCCGCCCUCCCCUCUGCUGCUGGUGCUGCUGCUGCUGCUGCUGCUGCUGCUGCUGCUGCUGCUGGUGCUGUUGACGCUGCCACUGCUGCCGCUUCUGCUGCUGUUUCUGGUGCUGCAGUUGCUGAUCCUGCCACGGCUGAUGCAGCUGGUAGCGGCGGUGACGGCAGCAGUGGCUAUGGCAGUCCUGCCUUUGGCAGUUACUAUGGGAACACAGCUGUGUCGUCAGCCCUUGUAUCUGCUGCAAUAACCAGAGGUGCAAUGACAGGUGUGCAUGCCAGUACUAGAAGCACCACAGCAGCAAUCAACAUGGCUGCGGGCAGUUCGCCUACUGCUGCUCCCUCUGCCUUCACCACCGCCCCCUCUGCUCUCACAUUGGCUACAGAUGGGGCAUUCUCCUAGUGUAGUUGGGUUAGGAAUUUUUCUGGGUAUUGAGCAGCGCAAUAACAACCCUAACCCCUAGCUGACAUGCCGCCCACCUGGCACGACCCUGUCAUGUCGUUUUGUUUGGGUGUGCAUUGCACCAAUAAGAGUUUUCUGUAAAGUUGAAAUUUUACA